CAAAAUGUUGUAACACUUGGAUAAUUGAGUAUUCUUGAAACAUAACACAUUAUCGAUUUUUUGUGAUAUGGGAUUUUCAAAAGAAGAAUUGAUGUAAAUAAGGGGUGAUGGACGAUGGUGUUAUCCCGCUUUAAAAUGUAAAAGGACAACACAAAACUAUCUGCUCCACAUGUAGCACAUUUUAAAACUUUUUAUAAUUUAUUUUGUACCUAUAUGAUAUAUCUAUUACUUUCAGAUGUAAAAAUGGCGUCGAAACUACAAUCAUUGACCACAGUUUGGCAGGAUUUCGAUCUGACCGGCACACAGAAGCUGCUGGAUGAUCUUGCCGGUCAAAUUACUGUCAGACAGGAUGAGAGCGAUUUAUCCCGGAAGGGUCUGAUUGAUAUGAUCCGGAGUUUCAAGAAGACAAACACCGAGGAAACCCGUCUUCUCAUUGCUCCGCUUCUCAAGAGUUUUCAAAAUGAAGUUGACAGCCUUUCAAAACGAUCAAAGGCGGCAGAGAAAGCAUUUUUCGACAUUUAUCAGAAAUUUUGCGACAUCGCCGACCCAGUCCCUACACUGGAGUUUUGCAUGGAGUCAAUGAAGGGUUUGCAUAAGGUUCAGGAUCUGGAGAUAGAGAACGGUCAGCUUCGUGAGACCUUAAACCUGACCAGCCUUGAGGUCACCAGGCUUAAGAUGAAGGAGAAAGAGCUCGAACAGCUUCAGGAAAAGAUGGAAGAGAUGGAGAAGGAUACGGAGAGAAACAUGGAAACAAAGGUUGAAAAGUUCAAGGAGAAGAUAAAUAUAGAAUUUAACGAGAAAAUAAAGCUGAUUGAAGAAGAACAGCUGAUGUAUCAGAACAAGAUGGCGGAUGCUGAAAAUAAAUCAAGAAAUGCAUUUUUACAACUAGAAGAAGCUCAGGCGGAACUAUACGAAUUGAAAUAUAAACAAGAUAACACGAGAAGUGCCCUUUCCGAUGAGAUGGAGAUGUUGCUUACAGAUGUGGAGAGAGCGAAUCAGAGGGCUGCAGCAGCUGAGCGUGAAGUAUUGACCCUGCAAGAGAGGUUGGAAGGGUUCAGGAUAGAGUCCAACAGCGCCGAGGUCGAGUCCGUGGAUUCGGUGAAUGAUAAGGAUAGUUGGAUACAACUAGCUGCUAAGGAAAGAGAGGUUAGUCAGCUUGUUGAAGACCUACAACGAACUAACAAGACACUGACCGACGUUGAGACCAAAUAUACAAGUAAGGUGAAUGAGCUGGAGUGCAGGCUGGGGGUGCUGGAGACAGAGAAAAUUGAGCUGCAGGACAGAUUAGAGAAACAGAAGGAUUAUCAUCAAAUAAAGAAGGAUCUUGGAAUCUUAAAAACCCUGGAGUUUUCUAACCAAGAUAAUUCAGUAGAAAAAAUGGAGGAUAAUAGACCCCUAGAGGUUCUAAUCCUGGAGCGGAGUAAGGUUCUUCAAUCUGAGAAUUCAAUCCUCAGAUUAGACAGGGAAAGAAUAGCUCGGGAAUUACAGGAUUUAAAAUCUGAACUUGAUGCUCGUAGUGCACAGUGCAGUAAACAGACAGAUCUUAUAGCACAGCUAGAGGAUCAUGUAGAACAGUUACAGACAAUCAGUACACCGUACAGAGAGGAGGCGGAGGGCAGAUCCUCGUCUGAUAUGCUGGCGGAGGUUCUACAGGAUUCUGGAGAUGAAACUUUCUUUAAAGAAUCCAGUCUCAGCCCUGUGCCUGGCACUCCAGAGGCUGGAACACUCUUGGGUAUUGUGCAGGCACAGCGGGAACGAUUACGUGCCGCCAACGAGGAACUGGAACUUAAUAAUGAACAACAGCGUUCCCAACUUCACGCAAUCCAGGGAGAACUUCAGCAUUUGAAGCAAGACAAUAUUAAACUUUACGAGAAAAUAAGAUACCUACAAUCCUGCUCCGGUAUAAAGUCUGGACAAUCUACUUUAGUUCCCGGAGAAUCCAAAUACCAUUCCUCGUACGAGCAAAGAUUAGAUCCAUUUACAUCGUUCAACCAGGCGGAGAAACAACGGAAAUAUGCCCAGCUAACUGUAUUUGAAAAGAUUAUUUUAUCAUUGGUUCGGUUCAUAGCUGGGAACAAAACAGCAAGAUUGGCGGUGUUUUUCUAUGCUGUUGUACUGCACGGUUUAGUAUUUGCAGUAUUGUACAAGCUGGCCCUCACGGAUUCCUGUAGACACGAUAUGGCCGCCAGGUGGCAUGAAAAGUAUUUGGAUCAUAUGCAGGAGGUCCAUGGAGAUGCUGACCACGAAGAAGUUGGUUAAAUCGUAGGGCUGAACAGGAUACCACAAGGAGGUGGAAGGAAUCAAAGUCAAGUUUACAAGACGUCCAACAAGCGGAUUCAAAUAUUUAAAUAGCGCAAUGUAUCACAGUUUACCUACUUCAGUAUGCAUUUCAUUACGUUACACAAAACACAUUCGUACAAUUAUCAACUUUUUUUGUUUUGACCCUCAAUUGAACCACAAGAUUUAUCUUUAAACUGUUUUUUGCUGAUGAUUGAUUGCUGACAAAUGUU